CAGAGUUUGCGUCCGAAAUCGCUUGACGAAUAUAUCGGACAAGCAAAAAUCAUCAAUAAUUUACGGAUUUUUUUGAAGGCGGCUUUGCGUCGCGGCGAAGCGUUAGAUCACGUUUUGCUUUUCGGUCCGCCGGGAUUAGGAAAAACGAGUCUGGCGGUGAUCGUCGCCAAUGAACUCGGUGCAAAUUUGAAAACGGUUCACGCUCCGGCAGUCGAAAAGUCGGGCGAUCUGGCGGCGAUCUUGACGAAUCUGGAAGAAGGCGACGUGCUUUUUAUUGACGAGAUUCAUCGCCUCAGACCGCAGAUCGAAGAAAUUCUU